AUGUCAGAGAGAAGUGACUUCCUGGAGCUGGUGGUUGCAGGAUAUUACUCAAGUAAAGUCAACUUGUCUGCCAUUACCAGCUCUGUGGUAACCUCAGGAGGGUACGUGACCCUUCAGUGUGUCUCAGACCAGAAAUAUAACAUGUUUAUUCUAAUGAAGGAAGAUGAGAAGUUCUCCAGGCCUUUGCCCUCACAGAAGAUACACCCUGAGUUUUUUGGAGCCCUGUUCACUGUGGGUACUGUGAUCCUCAACCAGAGGUGGAGGUUCACAUGUUAUAGGUAUGAUUUGAGCAUCCCUCAGGAAUGGUCAGUACCCAGUAACCCCCUAGAACUCCUGGUCUCAGGAAGUCCUGAUUGCUUGAUACCAACAACCCUAAUAGAAACCGAGAACUUGGCCAAAUUCUCUAUCACAUCAAUUGAAUGGAAUAAUGCGGGCCAAUAUAUGUGUGAAUUUAAGAGCCCCAAUGGCAAAAGAGAACACAGUGACUACCUGGAUCUGGUAGUGACAGGAAACCUAGAGAAACCCACCCUCUGGGCUGAGCCAGGCUCUGUCAUCAGCACAGGGAAUCCUGUGACCAUCUGGUGUGAGGGGACCAAGGAAACCCAAAUAUAUUUCCUGUAUAAAGAAGGAAGUCCAGCACCGUGGUUCCAUCAAACUCCAAAAGGUCCUGGUAAAAAGGUCAUGUUCUCCAUAGCAUCCAUGGAAAAGCAUCAUGCAGGGCAAUAUCGCUGUUACUCUUACAAAUCUACAGGGUGGACCGAGCGCAGUGACUCCCUGGAGCUGGUGGUGACAGGGCUGUCAAGGAAGCCCACUUUGCUGACCCCAAAAGUCCCUGUCCUGGCCCCUGGAGAGAACCUGACACUCAAGUGUUCCUCUGAGAUAAGUUGUGACAGAUUUGCUCUGUUCAAAGAGGGAGGAAGUGACCUCACUCAAGUUUAUGUUCAUCAGCCCCAGGCUGGACAUUUUCAAGCCACCUUCAUGUUAGCCUCAGUGAAUUUCUCCAUUGGUGGUCGAUACAGAUGCCUUGGUGCACAGAGCUUCUCCUCUGAGUGGUCAGCCCCCAGUGACCCUCUAGACAUCAUGAUCACAGGAUACCUCCCUGUCACACCCAAUAUCUCAGUGCAUCCAGGCACUACUGUGUCCUCAGGAGAGAAUGUGACCCUGAUGUGUCAAUCAUCAGACCCAGUGGACACAUUCUUUCUGUUCAAGGAAAAUGCAGUCCAUCCCUACAUGCAACAAAGAGCAAAGUCUCAAGAUCUACAAUAUGAGAUAGAAUUCUCCAUGAGUGCUAUGACCUCAGCCGUUGGGGGUUCUUACAUAUGCUUUUGUUCUAACAGUUCAUCCCCUUACCUGUUGUCACAUGCCAGUGUUCCUGUGGAGAUCAUAGUCUCAG